ACAGUGGGCUUACAACAAGUGCAAGAUCAGCAGGUUCAAAUCGGUCUAGAUCUGCCGCUGCAAUUAUACUAGCAGGUUGUCAAAGAGACUGCAAUUAUAAACUUUGGACAUAAACCAUACUUGCGGUUAAAACCAUAAAAAUAACUGAGUGUAAAGUGGAUCUGUUCCUCGAAGCCUCCGUGACGUUUGUGGGUUAAAGUUAAGGCGGUGUUCCGGUGAACCCCGGAACAUGAACUAAAUAUAGUCAUAUGCUGAGUUGUGUCGGCUUGUCACGUAUAUCCAGAUUCCGGGCGAUCUCUGAUAGGGAGCUGAAUGUAGGCUAUACUUUUAGGGACAGUUAGCCUACAGCUUCCAAAACAUUCAUUACAUGAAUCCCACGGUUGCAUCGAAUUUGUUGCAGUUUCAAUUCCUUCGUUUAUUGUCUUGGAGCGACCUUUGCAUUACUUUUUUCCGGAAUAUAAAGCCACUGGACGUCCUAGUACCCUACAUUUCUGUGAGUUUUAGGACUGAUCAAAGAUGGAGGUCUUCGAUGGAAUGGAUCGUGGGGAGAACAUUUUAGACUUAUCUCGCCUGAAUAUGGACAAUUUGAGUUUGGAUAAUAUUAGCGAAGAACGAAGGAAAGACACCAAGCAGCUGUACUUGGCUUAUAACCGACUGACAGUGUUGCCAGAUCACGUCAGUCUGUUCGCAAACCUCGAGUUUAUAGAUAUUAGCAAUAAUGAAAUCUCGGUUUUAUGCGAAGACCUGACUAGGUUGAACAAGCUUAAAACGCUCAUAGCGAAGAACAAUCGUCUGGACGAGUCUUCGCUACCCAAGGACUUCGGCUCCAUGCAACUCGAGGUGUUAAAUUUAAGUGGAAACAGAUUUGUGCAGCUGCCGAACCAGUGUCUGAAGCUGGAGCGACUUAAGUCCCUCUCGGUUGGGGGAAACCGACUGAAAGCAAUCCCAGCAGAAAUAGAACAUUUAACAAGUCUGGAGCUGUUGUAUCUCGGGGGGAACCUCAUCACAGACAUCCCCCCAGAGUUGGCCAGCCUGCCCAACCUGUCCUACCUGGUGCUGUGUGACAACCGAAUCCAGAGCGUUCCCCCCCAGCUGGCCAGAAUGUACUCCCUGCGCUCCCUGAGUCUGCACAAUAACCUGCUGACCUACCUGCCGCGGGAGAUCCUAAGCCUGGUGCGUCUGCAGGAGCUCAGUCUCCGUGGCAACCCCCUGGUCGUGCGCUUCGUCAAGGACAUGACCUACGACCCCCCGUCCCUGCUGGAGCUGGCGGGGCGCACCAUAAAGUCCCGAAACCUGGAGUACUCCCGCCUGGAGCUGCCGUCUCACCUCCUGCUCUACCUGGACCUCGCCAGCAAGUGCCCCAACCCCAAAUGUGCAGGCGUGUACUUCGACUCCUGCGUGCGACACAUCAAGUUCGUGGACUUCUGCGGGAAGUACCGCCUCCCGCUCAUGCACUACCUGUGCUCCCCAGAAUGCACCUCUCCCUGCAGCUCCGGCCCCCAGAGCGACGCGGACUCGGAGGACGAGAACAGCGUCCCGGCCGACAGGCUGCAGAGGGUGCUUCUGGGAUAGCAGGAAGGGGAGGAGCCUCAGACUAUCCAAUCACUGCUCAGCUUUUCCCCCGCUGCAAAGCUGUUUCUGUUCUAGCGCGCGCGUGUGUGUGCGUGUGUGUGUGUGUGUGUGUCCCGUCGGGCUGAGAACACUAACUUCCUAACGAGUAACACUAAUUCAUAGCACAAGUGGGUCGACGAUGGCCAGAAGGGGCUCUUUUCGGUUUUCUUGUUAGCUUUUCUAAUACAAUCAGAUUUAUUUAUUACCUUUUUUUUCUUUUCUUUUUUUUUUUUUUUUAACUGUAGCAUCUUGCAAAGUAGUAUAAGAUGUUAAUGCUCAGGGUAGUGUGGGAAGUGGAAAUGUUUGCAGGACGGUAAGUGUGACCAAGGCACUGCCUCACUGCCCUUUGUACAGUGUACCACCCCUGCCACAAGGUAUGCUGGGAUGUGCAAAUUGUGUGCUAGUGCCUUAAAGCCUUGGUACAGCCUGUAUAUGCUGGCUGUGCAUGGGUUCCUCGCCUAAAUUACGUUUCAGAUGUGAGGUUUUUUUUCUUUUUCUUUUUUUUGGUCAUUAUUUGCUUUUAAGGUGCCUUAACUGUGACCCUACAUGUGAUGCUGAUCGUGUCGGGUGUUUUCUGUCUGGAUAACUGGAUGUUUCAAACUGGAUGUUUGCUGAGGUAAUUUCCCAUAGAAGGAAUUAAUUCCCCAGACUCCACCUGCACCAUGCCCAUAAAACACUACAUUACCCACAGUGCUGUGCUCUGUCUUUUCUUUUUUUCCUUUUUGUAAAAACCAGUAUUAAAAGGUAAAUUAUCUGCAGUAGUGCCUGAAUAUCGACUGUAGACAAAAACAAUUUUUUUACUGCAAGGUUAAACUAUGAUUGGGUGUAAUCUAGGCAAACUCAAACUUGGGGAAAAAAUAUAAUAUCAGUGGAAGUUGUUUAUUUUUUAACAUGAAGUCUGACCAUUGUUGGCAGUCUAACUGUUGUGGCCAGAAUGCUGUUGGUGCUUUUGAGGCAAUUUGAUCUGUUUUAACUGCCCUUUAAUGGUUGAGUGGUGAGGCCCACCAGUCAUGGCAAAUGGGGCAGUUACUGUUCAACUGCCCCAUUUUAUUUCACUGGUCCUGAGUCUGAUCGCACACCACAGUUCAGAGGUCACAUGUCUCUGGGGGGGCCAGGUUGACUACGCCGUAUCGCACACCAGCACACCCGCUGGUCAAUCGGGGUACCGCAACUUCCUCUGUUGAGACGCACAUGAAUGGUACUCCUCUGACUCUGCCCUGUACGAUACGAUACUGAACUGCAGUUUCAUUAGAAGUGGUGGCUGAAAAAUCGGAGAAGGAGUUACAAAAUGAGAAAACGGUGAAAAUGCAAGGAAAAAUGGCCAAUAUUUAUACCUUGGCCGUCAUAGACUGCUCUCACUAGGUUUUAGCACUUUUGUGACUAAUAAUUUUUUAUUCUCAAAUACAAUUAUGCAAACUGUUGUAACAUUUUUUUUUUUGCCUUUAAACAAACCCAACUUUUGUAUUAUCACUAAUAAAGUAGAUAUUUAUGCAGAUGUGUCAAUGUACAGUGCAGCAGUGUGUUCUGUAACCGCUUCAUGAACUGUUUUAACUAAAUGUGCACUUUUUCAUUAAUAUAGACGUACAGAAUAUAUUAUUCCCCAAUAAAGUUUUAUGAAUUAGCAAAA